GGCCACGCUGGGCGCCGUGUUGGGUGGCGAAGGGGCACGUCUCGAAGUGCGGGAUCGUGGUGCCUGGAUUUUCCCCCCGCGACUAAGUCCGAUGCGUUUAGUGGUGAGUUACAGUGAGGGUUGGUGGCCAGUUUCCGUCGUGGUGUUCGGACAUCGCUCCCCAAUGCAAAGCAAGAGAAGUUGUAGCUGAAAGGACAGUACCUUGGACAUUUGUUGAAUUUUUGACUAUGGAACAAAUCUCAUUGGCAAGACGAUUAUACAUUGGAGGACUUGGUCAUACAGUUUCUGAAGAUGAACUAUAUGAAAGAUUUAGCAAGUUUGGAAAUGUUACAGAAACUGAAAUCAUUAGCCGGAAGGAUGAGCAUGGGAAUCCUACCAAGACAUUUGCAUACCUUAACAUCCUCCUUUCAGAAAAAGAGCUUAAAAAAUGUAUAUCGAUUUUAAAUAAGACGAAAUGGAAAGGUGGGACACUGCAAAUCGAAUUAGCAAAAGAGAGCUUCUUACACAGACUAGCACGGGAGCGGCAAGAAGCGGUUGCAACGAAGGAAAAAACAGAUUAUAAUGGUAUGACAGAUAUUCAAAAAUCUCUGAAGAAGUCUGGAGUUGUAGACUUCCAUGUGAAGGCAGUGCCAGGAACAGAAAUACCAAAUCAUAAGGACUGGGUGGUUAGUAAAUUUGGCAGAGUUUUACCUAUUCUUCAUCUGAAAGAUCAACACAAAAGCAAAAUAAUAAAAUAUGACCCUUCCAAAUAUUGCCAGAACCUUAAAAAACUAGAUCAAGAACCUAUAGAUGCAGUUCCCAUUUCGCAGCUCACUUGGCAUCUGCAAGAAGCUGACAGUAUUAUGAGCAAGAAACGGCAAGGACAAUUCCCUGAAGCUAAGAAGCCACCCAAAAAGAAAAUGAAAAUACAAAUCAGUGACAGCCUAAGCGAAGUCGAAUCAAACCCAGCAAAUGUCGUCCCUGCAAAACUAAUUCAGAACCGCACCUCUAACUCCAAGAAACAACCUAAUCAGCACCUUUCAGGUCCAAAGCUUAAAGCUGGAACCAUAGGUUCUAAGCAUAUAAAAAACCUGCGUUAUGAUGAUAUAGAUUCAGAAGAAGAAAUCAGAGCAAUUGAAGCAAGUGAAAGAAAAAAGCACAAAGGUAAUUCUAAUAUUGUGCCUGAGGAUAAUAUGGAGGUUGUCGGUGAUGACUUUAAGCUGAAAUACAGUACUCAUUGGUCUCUACAGAAAGCAAACACACACAGAGCCCAAGCGUGCAAUGGAUUAAUAAGGCCUGCGGAAAAUGAAUCUGAGUAUGAUUCAGCUGACACUGAUGAAAUUAUAGCUGUGACUAAAUUAUCUGAUGAAAAAGAGAGAAAUGAAUCUCUAAAGAGCUUGAAAGAAACAGAAGAGCAGGAUGAUGGCCAGCCCCCAAAAACCAUCCGGGUUGCAAGGCCUCCAUCCUCUGGUUCAAAAGGGUCUAAAGCGGGAGGAGAAAAAAGAGCAGAAUCCAAAAAACGAUCAGAUGCACAAACUACUCUCGACAGGGGCAGAUCUGAGAGUGAGGAAAACUCAGAUCCGUGUUCAGACACAAGUGAGUCUGAAGGGGAUGACGAUUAUGAAUCCAUGAUGCAAAGUGGCUUCCGAUUAGAUCUUACCUUAGAAGAUUUAGAGAAUUUAGCUGGUGAAAGUAGUGAAGAUUCGGAGAAAGAUAAUGAAAUAAUUCAAAGGACCAUUCAACCCCAAGGCCGUCACUGUUUAGGUAGUAAAACUGGUAUUGCCCCAGAGACCCCCACAAUUCCCACCACUUCCAAAAAAUGUAUUUGCCCUGAAGAAAUACUUGCUGACCUUUUAAAAGAAGAGAGAUGUGACAAAGAUGAUUUGAAACGAAAAGAGGGAAAAGUGAAUUUUCAACCUUUCAAGGGACUGGGGUCACUGAUUGGAGUACUGCCUGAGAGCGAGUUGAAUGUAAAUGUGAAUGGAAAGAAACACACUUCUUCUGAACUCGAAGUGGAGUCUCUGAAAAGUGUUACAGAAGUAAAAUAUUCAAGUUCUGCCAGUAAGAAACUUAACUCUAAACCAUUACCCUUGAAAGACUUGGAUUUGGGCAUUGCCAAAGGAGGUCUUUCUGGAAACUCAAGUGAUCAUUCUGACCACCACAAGGCAGAGAAAAUAAGCCACAAUGUAAGUAUUAUGUCUGAAAGUGAACCCGCCAAACGUGGGAAGUCUGUUUCCAAGGGACCAACAACUUCCAGUCUUACACAGAAUAAAGAUUUAAAUGGCUCUCCAAAAAAUGAAGGCAGCUACUCAGCUUCUCCCAGAAAAACAAAGAAAUCAGACAACAUGGGAAUUCAACUGCAGGACAAUGAGAGAAGAUUGGCAGCAAUACAAGAGAGGCAGAAAGAACGGGAGCUCCAGAAAAUAAUUAUUCAAGGAGCUCUGACCAACCAGCAAAUUCAGUCAACAAAUAAACAGAAGCACAUCGUGUUUGAUUCAGAUAAUGAAAAUGAAGUACAAGAGCAUGCUGAAGAAGAAUCUUCAGGAAAGAUCCCAGUAAAGGAAUUCACCCCCAAAAUUUCUGGGAAGCUGUUUGAGAGCAGUGACGAAGAAUCAGACACUGUAGCUGACGAAAAUGAUCGGUUCAAAAUCAAACCUCAGUUUGAGGGAAAAGCUGGAGAGAAGCUUAUGCAUUUACAGUCACAUUUUGGCACAGAUGAAAGAUUUCGUAUGGAUACUCGUUUCCUUGAAAGUGAUAGUGACCAGGAAGAGGAAUCAAAGAAAUUGGUAACAGAGGAAGAAGAGGAACUUUCUUUAGAAAAGAAGAAGAAUCUUGAGAUCUUGAAAAAUAUUCUACAUAUUGAUAUAGACCCUCCCAAACGUAGGAAGCUAGCUGCAGAAGGCCAAAAAUUCAGAGAUAUGAAUACCUUACGCUAUGACCCCGCAAGGCAAGAUCAUGCAGUGUUUGAAAAAAAGCCAGUUAAUGCUGAAAAAGAAAGUAAAGCUAAAAAGAAGAAGAAAAAAGAAGAAGCUCAGAAACUGCCCGAGGUGUCUAAAGAUACAUUUUACAAUAUCGCAGUGGACUUAAAAGAAGCACUUGCAUCUACAAAACAGGAUGAAAAAACAGAAAUAAUACCAUGGGACCAACAUGAUGCUGCUGAAGAAACCCCUUCAACUGAUAUGCCAAAAUUCAAUGCUGAAGAGCAAGAAGGAAACAGGGGUUUUACCUUUUCCUUUUUUGGUGAUGAAGUGGCAAGAUCACCUAUUAAAGAAGAUCCGUACAUAAUUGAAAUAUUAAAACCAUCAAGAGUUUCCUGGCAAGAAGAUCCCCGUUUUCAAGAUAGUAGUUCAGAAGAUGAAGAAUCAGAAGCAACUGAAGUACAAGAUGUCAAAGAAAGUUCUUCAGCUGUACUACAUUCAAAUACUAGAUUUUUCUUCUUCUCACAUGAUGAUGACAGAUUAAAAGAGGGCCCCGAGCUAUUCUAUAAAGCUUCAGAUCUUGAUGAAGAAACAGAGGAUUGGGAAAGCAGGCGCCAAAUAUUGCUUGAGGAUUGUCGGAAGAAACAUAAAGAUGCAAGAAGGAAAGUUAAAGCAAAACAUUAACUACAGCAGUUCUGCUAAAGAAGGAAGAAUGUUGAAUAUACUUUGACUGAAUCCUGGGAUAAUGAAAACCAUUGAGAAAAUUCAUCUAUGGAUAGCUUGGAAGUAUAAAUUAGUGCUGAAUAAACUUUCAGAAUAGUGAAAAGAGAAAUCAGAAUAGAUUUGUAGUUCUAAAGUUUCUAAAGCUUACAUUUCCAUUAUCCAGUAUGAACAUGUUUAUUAUUAAAAUUCUAAAUUAUAGGCAACGGUCUUCACAAUUAGCAUUUAUAUUUAUUGCCUGUCUUUUAUAAUCCUCAUGUCAUACAUAUUUCGAAAGACUUUUAGGAUUUCAUAUGCACAUAGGUUUUUUGCCACCAAAAGCAACAUUUGAUGGACAUUAAUAUAAUUUGUUCUCUUAUCUAGCCAAGACUAGUUAUAGAACAAAUGAGGCAAGGAUCAAAUGUAAUACUUCAAGAGAGUGACUGAAUAUUAAAUGUAUAUAAUUAAGUGCAAUGAAGGCAAGCAAUUUUUAUGUACAGAAUUACAUAAAUAUAGUCAAUUUAAAUUAUACAAAAAUGUUUGUUACUAUUUAUGUUAAUAUGAGAUUAUUUUUGUACCUUGAAAGAUUGAAUCUGGGCCAUUAGGAAAGGAUGAGUUGGAACCUUAAAUUCCUGGAAGCUCCUUUCAUAACCAUGCAUAUUGUAAUGGUGCAUAUAAUACAUCCCUGGAUGAUUUUUAUUCAGCAAAAAGUUAGAUGAUUGAAAAAUCAAACUGCAAGUUGCAUUGUUUCUAUUUGAAAAUGGUAUCAAAAAUAUAGAAUAUGUAAAUGAUUGAACAGCCUUAUGGAAUAUAAAUAGUUUUUUUAAUUUUAGUCUCUUUGUGGAAUGUUGCUUUUAUAUGAGAAUCAUCAAGCAUUGUAGGCUCUUUUUUCUUCCAACUUGUAUCAUAGAUAUAAACUGCCAUGUUCUUGUUUUCAAUACAGUAAUGAUGGCAUGUUUAAAGUUUUCACUAAAAGAGCCAUUUGAGGCACAGGAGAAGAAAUAUUGAACUUAAAGAAUAUUUGAAGAAACUGACUUAGAAGGGGGAGGCUAGAAAUCUUGAACUGCUUAGAAAAAAAUGGGUUUUCUAUUCGCUAUAAACUCUUAUAGGAAGUGUAAAUCCAGGAAUCACUCUUUAAGUUUAAAACAUAGUAUUAAUAAAUGCUGAAUUUCCAGAAACCAAA